GACAUUUGCAGAAAGGACGCUGGCAGGUGAACGACUUUGUGGAGGAAAAUGGAUGUGUACGCCACCUCAACCCUCGACACAACCUUAGACCCUUAUUAUUAUUCCAGCACCUAUGAAGAUGAAGUCUGUGACAAAACAAGCCUCGUGCAGUUUGGAGCAAUCUUCACUCUGGUUUUUCUUUCCAUCGUGGUGAUCCUCAGUCUGUUCGGCAACAUCCUGAUGAUUGUGAUCCUCGCCAAGUAUGAGAAUCUCAAAUCCCUCACCAACUCCUUAAUCCUGAACCUGGCUGUGUCGGACAUCUUCUUCACCGCGGGUCUGCCCUUCUGGGCCUACUACCACAUGUACGGAUGGAAUUUAGGGGAAGCUGCGUGCAAAACAAUCAACUUUGUCUUCUACGUUGGCUUCUACAGCAGCGGCGUCCUCCUCAUCUUGAUGACUGCUCAUCGCUAUGUAGCUGUCAUGAAUCCUCUGUCUGACAUUGUGUCCACCACCGGCUUCUACAGCGUCUUAGCAUCUGUGAUCAUCUGGGCCACAAGUAUCUUAAUUUCCAGUCCGGCCUACAUCUUCACCAAAGUCAUAGACCAGAAUCACUGCGUCUAUACGAAUUCUUACUGGAGCUUAUUUGGAAUCUACCAGCAGAAUAUCGUCUUCAUGGUGAGUGCUUUGGUUUUCACUUUCUGCUAUUCUCAGAUCAUAUGCAGGCUGCUGCGUCCUACUGCCCGAAGAAGAAAGAACAAAACUUUGAAACUCAUUUUUACUCUCAUGGUGGUUUUCUUUGUGGGAUGGGCACCUUACAACAUAGUGAUAUUUCUAAGGUCAUUUUAUGUCUGGGAGCAACAGCCCCUUGACUCAAAGGAUUUGGUUGCAGUUUGUGAGACACAGAGACCACUGGACUAUGCUUUUUACGUCAGCCGGAUUUUUGCCUUUUCACACUGCUGCCUCAACCCUGUGUUUUAUGUGUUUGUGGGGGUUAAAUUCAAGAAUCACCUGAAGAAAAUGCUGAAGAGCAGGGUCCACCGCACAACUAGCAUCCCCUGUAGACAAAACCGACUGACAAUCACAUCGAUUACAAGUGGGGAAGAGUUCUCCAUCUAGUCGAUGUCGCUCUUGAUGAGAUGAUUGGACUUUCUCUCUCAGGGCUCCCACUCUUUGGAACAAGAACCAUAUG